CUCAAAACACAGAGAAAGAUCAAGACAGAAAAAUGACUUCUGUGGCAAGCAAGAACCUUUACGAGCUUCUGGGCAACGACCUGGAGCUCGACCCCAACAGAGAGCCCGAGCCUCCCACCAAGGUUAUGGACAAGCCCGUCCAGCGCGCCGGCAAGCGCAACGCUGGUCCCGAGGCCCCUUCCGCCGACACUCCCAAGCCCGCUGCUGGUGGCCGCGGUGGACGUCAAGCCAACUUCACCGGCUCUGAGCAGGCUUUCCGUGAUAAGGCCGCGGGCGCUUCGAACAACAGAUCCAAGCCUACCGAUGACGGUGUCCGCCAGGACCGCCACCCCAACCGCACUAGAGAUGCCAACGACAGCGGCAGAGGCCGUGGACCUCGUGGAGGCCGUGGUGGUGCUAGAGGCCCCCGCACUGGCCGUGACGACAAGCACGACCGCACUGGCCACGCUGGCAGCAACGACCACGCCAAGCAGGCCGGCGCCGCCUGGGGCCACGAGACUGGUACCGCUGAGUUGAACGACGAGAAGGCCGCUGUUGCCGACGCCAAGGACGAGGAGGCCAAGGAGGGCAUUGUCGCUGAUGCCACCGUUGUCGAUGCUGAGGGUGCCCCCGCUCAGGAGGAGGACAACGUCAAGUCGUACGAGCAGUACCUUGCCGAGCAGCUCGAGAAGAAGGCCGCUCUUGGUGGCAGCACCGAGGUCCGCAAGCCCAACGAGGGUGCUUCCAAGAAGUUCCCCGAGGGCAAGGCUUUCGCCCGCAGCGAGGAGGAGAACUUCAUUGCUCCCUCCGCUGGCAAGGCCAAGAAGCAGAAGGAGCGCAAGGACAAGAACCUCCUCGACAUUGACCAGGCCUGGAAGGAGGAGCAGUCCCAGUCCCAGGACUCUGGAUUCCGUGGUGGCCGUGGUGGUCGCGGCGGCGACCGUCCCCGUGGUGGCCCUCGUGGCGGCCGUGGUGGUCCCCGUGGUGGUGCCCCUAGAGGCGGUGCCCCCCGCGAGAACGCUCCCCGUGCUGCCCGCACCGGUGCUUCCCCCAACGUCACCAGCUCGUCGGACUUCCCCACCCUCGGUGCUUAAAUCAACUCACUCCUACGAAGAGAGUAAGGCCGUUGCUGCAUAUCGGCCUAUAAGAGAAAAAAGCAGUUACGGCAAGGAUCUGAAAAGGGGAACUGUCAAUGAAUCUCUCUGGUGGUCCCAUGAGCCCUUGCUCCGAGCGUGCUGAACACACUCAUGUACCAUUGUCACCACUUAGUCGUCUCCGUGCGAAAGCAAAAUUGCAAUUUUGAAAGUUAA